CUGUUAUCUUUUAUACUGGCGCACAUUAUGGCAUCCGGCCUACUUUCGCAUGCCGAUCGACGGCCCGUCAAGAUUGCUAUCGAUAGGGGAGGCACGUUUACCGACAUAUGGGCAAGACAAGACGGCAAACCCGACAUCAUUCUGAAGUUACUCUCUGUGGACCCCUCUAACUAUGAUGACGCUCCGACCGAAGGUAUCAGGCGCGUCCUUUCCAUCAUCCGCGGGAAGAAUAUACCCCGCGGUGUGCCGCUUCCGAAAGAAGACCUGGAGUUCGUCCGGAUGGGUACAACCGUGGCCACCAAUGCGCUGUUGGAAAGAAAAGGUGCUCGCCAUGCGCUGCUGGUGACCAAAGGUUUCCGUGACCUUUUGAAGAUAGGAUACCAGUCCCGUCCACAGCUAUUCGACUUGAACAUCUCGAAACCUGAAGUUUUAUACUCUGAGGUACGUGAGGUCGAUGAAAGAGUUACUGUUGAAGGGUUCGAUGAAGACAUCUUUGGAUCCAUGAAGCCCACAACCGAAGUACCCGGAGAAAUUAUCCAAGGAUCCAGUGGCAACAUGAUACGGAUCUUGAGGCCUUUGCAGGAAGAUUCGGUACGGUCGAUGCUAAAACAUCUCCGUAGCCAAGACAUCGAUACCAUCGCUGUUUGCUUUGCUCACUCGUAUAUCUACCCCGAUCACGAGGCACGUGUAGGCGAGCUUGCGUUAGAAGAAGGCUUUACACACGUAUCUCUUUCUUCUGCCGUCGCUGCAAAUAUGAUCAAGAUGGUUCCACGUGGGAGUUCUUCGUCUGCAGAUGCCUACCUUACUCCAGAAAUCAAGAAGUAUCUGGCAGGUUUUAUCAGUGGCUUCGAAGGUGGACAUCUAGAUGAUGCCAGGAUGGACUUCAUGCAAUCCGAUGGUGGACUUGUGAACCACAAGAGUUUCAGCGGGCUGAAAGGAAUCUUUUCAGGGCCAGCUGGUGGUGUCGUUGGGUUCUCUCGUACUUCCUACAAUCCAGCUACCGAAACGCCCAUCGUUGGUUUUGACAUGGGAGGCACUUCCACCGAUGUCUCCCGUUACGGUGGCACUUUCGAACACGUCUUCGAAACAACGACUGCCGGCAUAACUAUUCAGAGUCCGCAGCUGGAUAUCAACACAGUGGCAGCAGGAGGUGGAUCCAUCCUUGCUUGGCGCAAUGGACUCCUCACCGUCGGUCCUGAAAGCGCUUCUUCACAUCCAGGUCCAGCUUGUUACCGGAAAAAUGGUCCUCUAGCUGUCACUGACGCAAAUCUGUUCCUAGGGCGUCUGGUGCCCGAUUUUUUCCCUAAGUUCUUCGGUUCAAGAGAGAACGAGGCAUUGGAUACAGAGGUUGUGAAACGAAAGUUUGCCGAACUUACUGCAACAAUCAAUGUUGACACAAAAAGAACCAUGACUCCGGAAGACGUGGCUUAUGGAUUCCUCGAUGUGGCAAAUGAAGCCAUGUGUAGACCCAUCCGAGCAUUGACAGAAGCCAAAGGUUAUGAGAUAGGAAAACAUCAGUUGGCAGUCUUUGGCGGUGCAGGCGGCCAACAUGCUUGUGAAAUUGCGUCAAAACUCGGUAUCUCGACAGUAACAAUUCAUAGGUAUUCUAGCAUUUUGUCAGCCUAUGGAAUGGCUCUCGCUGAUGUUGUCCAAGAGGCUCAAGAACCAGUCAAUGUUGUUUAUGCUAAUCAAGCCAUUCUCGACCUUGACACAAAGCUCGAAACCCUUCGAUCUACUGUACAGCAAAAUCUUUGGGAGCAAGGUGUUAAGACAGAGGACAUGAGCUAUGAGUACUACCUUAACAUGCGGUACCGAGGAACUGAAACUGCCAUGAUGAUCUUGCAGCCAGUAAAUGGCAAUUUCAAAGAGGCAUUCCUGGAGCAGCAUCUUCGGGAGUUCAAUUUUGUGUUCCCUGAAGCAAGGGACGUACUUGUUGAUGAUGUCCGUGUCCGCGGCAUUGGAAGAAGCGGUUCUGUGGAGUCGGAUGCAGCGAAACUCUCAAACGAACUCAGAAAUAUUUCUUUUGAAAAUGCGGCAUCUAAUACGGUAGAGAGGACUAUCAAAACGUAUUUUCAAAACCACGGUUGUAUUUCAACACCAGUGUAUUUUUUGGAAAGGUUACUUCCUGGCACGAUCGUAGGAGGUCCCGCCAUGAUACUUGACAAUACGCAGAGCAUCCUUAUCAUCCCCGGAGCGGAAGCCAAGAUACUCUCCGCCCACGUGGUCAUCCAUGUACCCCAUCUGGUCAAGUCCGACACUUCUUCGACGACUGUUGAUCCGAUUCAACUCUCAACGUUUAGUCACCGGUUCAUGUCAAUCGCGGAGCAGAUGGGCCGCAUAUUACAAAAGACUUCCGUAUCCCUCAACAUCAAGGAGCGCCUUGAUUUUUCUUGUGCAAUCUUUGGUCCGGACGCAGGGCUCGUAGCCAAUGCUCCUCAUGUGCCGGUCCAUCUUGGUUCUAUGAGCUACGCUGUUAAGUACCAACACGAGCUUCUGAACGGCAAGAUGAUUCCAGGCGAUGUUCUCGUUUCGAAUCAUCCAGAAGCUGGUGGUGCUCACCUGCCUGAUAUAACCGUCAUUACACCAGUUUUUGAAUCCUCUGGAAAAGACAUAGCUUUCUAUGUCGCUUCGCGAGGACAUCACACCGAUAUCGGGGGCUUGGGUGGGACUUCCAUGCCUCCCAAUUCAACCGAACUAUGGCAAGAGGGUGCUGCCAUCAAGUCUUUUCGUUUGAUCCAUGGUGGUGGAUUCUUUGACGAAGAAGGUAUGAAGAAGAUUCUAUCGGCACCUGGCCGGUAUCCCGGAUGUAUGGGUAGCCGUCGCCUCGAUGACAACCUUUCGGAUCUCAAAGCGCAGGUGGCGGCCAAUAGGAAAGGAAUGUUGCUAAUCCAGUCACUUAUGGAGGAGUACUCACAAGAGGUCGUUCAGUUUUAUAUGCACGCCAUUCAGAAAAAUGCUGAGUCGUCCGUGCGGAAAUAUUUACAAGAAACACGAAAGACAAAAGGACCCCAGUUUUCGGCCAUUGACCAAAUGGACAACGGUUCGGAAAUUGUCCUCAGUAUUUCCAUUCGGGAGAACGGUUCAGCCACCUUUGACUUCACUGGCACGGCCCCUGAGAUGUAUUCGAACAUGAACGGACCACCCUCAAUCACCUACUCGGCCAUUAUGUACUGUCUCCGUCUCUUGAUAGGGACCGAUAUCCCCAUGAACCAAGGUUGUUUGGCGCCGAUUGAUAUCAUAUUACCCAAGGGUACUUUCCUGAACCCUUCUUCUGGCGCUGCUGUUUGUGCUAGCAAUACUCAAACUUCUCAACGUGUCUGCGACGUUAUCCUCACAGCAUUCCAGGCCGCUGCUCAAUCGAACGGGUGUAUGAAUUGUAUCGGAUUCUUUGGUGAGGUACCAAAUCCAUAUGGUGGUCCGGAACACUCGUUUGCGUUUGGGGAGACGAUAUGUGGAGGAUCUGGAGCCACAGCAACCGCCUCCGGUGCUGACGCAGUGCAUGUUCACAUGACAAAUACUCGGAUUACCGAUGUUGAAACACUGGAAAGGCGCUACCCCGUCGUCCUCCGACAAUUUUCCAUCCGCUCUGGAAGCGGCGGUAGUGGUUUUCAUAAAGGAGGUGAAGGUGUCAUCAGAGACAUUGAAUGUCGAGUCCCAAUUCGUUUCAGUGUAAUCACUGAGCGCAGAGCGGUUGCACCAUGUGGCAUGGCGGGAGGCUUGGAUGCCGCAAAAGGUAAGAAUUAUUGGGUUCGGAGAGUGAAGAACGAAGUUGGGGGAGACCACCACGAGAGAUGGGUGAAUAUGGGGCCAAAAAACAUGGUGUCGAUGCAACCAGGUGAUAGAUGCGUCGUGUACACUCCUGGAGGUGGAGGUUGGGGCAAGGCCUAUGGUACCAGUGAUAACUGCACGAAAGCUGCGGUACUACCGGCAUACCCACGAGCUGCGGGUAGUAUAGUUGCCUGGAAUACGACACAGGCUCAAGCGAAUUAGGGAUCACAAAAGCGUUUAGAAGGAAGGGUAGCAUGCAAAAACGCGAAAAGAUAGGAAAUAGUCUUAGACUCUUAUGCCCAUGAGCGAAGUUCACCGUUUACGGAUAGCGAAGUAGUAGACUAAUUAUAGCCUACUUAAUAUAGCGGAGGGUAUUUACGCGAUAUACUCUAAAUCAG